UUGAAACUCCUUAAAAAGAUUAAUAAUAAAAUUAAGAUGAAAAAUUUGAAGCUUUUGAGGAGUGUCAUACUGAGUUUUUUGUGAAUGAUUCAUAAGAAGGAAUUAAUAAUUUACUAUUUGAAAACACAAUAAUUAGAGAAGAAGAAAAAGAAUUAUAAAUAAAGAAUAAUAGUUAAUAGUUUAAUUUAUCCCUAAAGAAUAAUAAUUUAACUAAUAUAAAUAAUGAAGAAUUCGAAAACUCAACAAAUGAUGAGAGUCAUUUUACCUCUAUAAAUAGUAAUUUUGCUUCAUAUAAUUCUGGAUUUUAAUAAACUUGUAAUAAUCAAGUGAAAUAAUAAAAAUGUAAUAAUUAAAAUAAUAAAGAAUAAAAUUAAACAGGAUAGAAACAAUUUAAUGAAUCAAAAUGUUAUGAAGAAUUUUAAAUUUAAGAAAAUGAAGGAUUUAAUAAUAAUAAUUGCUUAUAUUAGAAAUAAGAUAACUAAUAUACAAAAGAAAAAUAACAAGAAUAAGAGUAAGAGUAAAAGCAAGUGUAAGAGCGUGAGCAAGAAAUAUACAAAGAGUGUGAGCAAGAAAUAGAUAAAGAGCAAAAACAAGAAAAGGAAAAGAGAAAGAGAAAGAGAAAGAGAAAGGGUAAGAUUAAAUCUAAGAGUUAGUGUAAGAGUAAGAAUAGGAAAAAUUAAAAGAAACUAGAUAAUAAUAACAAUUAUAAUACUGCUUUAAAUUAUAAUUCGAAAAUUAAUAAGUUAAUAUAUAUAUUAACGACUUCUUUUAAUUUGAUUAAGCUUUUGAAGAAUAAUGUUUUUAAAAUUUUAUUUCAAAUAAAGAAUUC